AUGUAAAGAAAAAAUUUGACAAAAAACAAAAAAGCAGUGUAAUGUAACAAGUUUAUUUUAGGUAAUUACUGACAUCAAGCUACACAACUUUGUAUUUCACAAGUCCUUUGUUGCUUCAAUAUUCUUAAUCUAUACUUGAUUCAGAGUCAGAUUCUGGUAGAGUUUAAAAAAAUUAUCUUAUUAAAGUUUCAUUGCCUGAGAUUCAGGCAGAAAGGAGAGAAAUAUCAACAUUGGUACAAAACACUAAAUAUGUUUAGAACUACUAAUGAACUUUAUGAAACAAUUUCACUACUUUACAUGCUUUGCCCAUACCCACUCUAAAUAAAUUAAUUUUGUGUGAACCAAAAGUACAUGGAUCGACAUUUUUGAAUUUGGCGAAAAAAAGUCAUAAUAUUGCCAGAAUAGAGCAGUAAUAACAUGAGAGUAAAGUUGUGAUGUUACCAGAAAGAAAAGCUUCUAUAAUGAGAAGAAAGUUUCAAUAGUUAUCAAGAUCUGACGUGAUGUAAUCAGCUCAAACAAACUGCAGAUACAGCCUGAGCCCAGCAUUUUAAUGCAGGGGAGUGACUGUUCUCUCUCUUAAAUCAGAGAUUUAUUUUAGUGCAACGACAUUUCAAUGAAAAAAUAGUUAUACUAACAUCCUGCUUUGUAGACCAGGGCAGGAUACACGGCAGCUUUGCACAUGUGUGAUUCGUUUGAAAUGUGGACACGCAGUGGAGUGAUUCUCCUCCUUGCGCCUUCGGAAGGCGGGCUGCAGGCAACAAAUUUGAACAAAGGAAAGAGGAAAAACACAUGGGCCAAAAUAUAUCAAAACAUUAUGGUUAACUAAGGCACACUACCUUUAGCAGAUAAGAAUGAAAGAUAUCCCAUCCCUACUGCAUUACAUGCAGUUCAGGAAGCCUUAUUUCUUCCCAUACUGUCUCCAUGUUUUGCCCUGACUGAUCAUUUUCUUCCAACAACCUCAGACGUCAAAUUCAUUAGAAGGGGCCAACUCUCUCCUUGGACUCCACCUGGACCGAGUGCAUGCAGUGGGAGCCAAAAGGACUAUGUUAAAGAAGAGGCCCCUGAAGAACAGAAUCCUGAUGUGGAACAGCAAGAGCAAAGUGAAGGAAUCUGGGCCAGCCAGGAAGUAGAUCAACUGAUUUUGAAGGACGAGACUGAAGUAACCAGGUUUCCAUUAACUGUUGUUCAUAUGAAGAGUGAAGAGGAUGAAGAGAAACCCCUAUUCUCUCACUUUCAUCAACAGCAAACAGAAGUCAGAGAUUUUCCAACCAGUACUUCAGGUGACCUUACAAAAGGGAAAAUUGCAGAGGAUGAUUCUGGAACAACAGAAUCUACCAGGAACCCAGAUCUGAAUAUUGAUAGAGGUACCUCCAACUGUUCAGAGACGGAAGACAGUGAAGCUGAUGGAGAAGAUGAUGAUGUGCACCAUCAUAAAUCUCAGUUUAAAGAGUUGUCAAACUCUGAAGCUGAAGAGUGUGAGGAGGACUGGAAGGAGAGUAGAGUUCCUGAGGCAGGUGCAAACACUGUAAAAUCUUCUAGCUGCUCUAAGUAUGGGGAAACACUUGCCAGCACAUUCUCUCUACAGCGUCACGUGACACCUCAUCCAAGAUUAAUGACUUCAGUUAGUUGUGGUGCAUGUGGUAAGAUAUGUUCCUCAAAAUCAGAUUUAACCAGACACGUGAGAAUCCACACAGGAGAGAAACCAUUUGGAUGUGAUGCUUGUGGAAAAAGAUUUUCCCUCAAGUCACAUUUAAAAAGACACACAAGAAUUCACACAGGAGAGAAACCUUUCAGUUGUGAUGCUUGUGAUAAAAGAUGUCGCUCAAAGUCAAACUUAAAUGCACAUAUGACAAGCCACACCAGAGACAAACAUUUUGGUUGUGAUGCUUGUGGUAAAAGAUUUGCCUCUAAGUCACGUUUAAACUUGCAUAUGAGAAUCCACACAGGAGAGAAACCUUUUGGUUGUGAUGUUUGUGGAAAAGGAUGUACCUCGAAGUCAAACUUAAACACGCAUAUGAGAUUCCACAAAGGAGAGAAACCCUUUGGUUGUGAUGGUUGUGGUAAAACGUUUUCCCUUAAGUCUCAUUUAAAAAUACACAUGAGAAUCCACACAGGAGAGAAACCCUUUGGUUGUGAUAUUUGUGGAAAGAGAUGCAUCUCAAAGUCAAACUUAAAUGCGCAUAUGAGAUUCCACAAAGGAGAGAAACCCUUUGGUUGUGAUGUUUGUAAUAAAAGAUUUUUUGUCAAGUCUCAUUUAAAAAUACACAUGAGAAAUCACACUGGAGAUAAACCCUUCGGUUGUGAUGCGUGUGGAAAAAGAUGUACCUCAAAGUCAAACUUAAACACUCAUAUGAAAUUCCACAAAGGAGAGAAACCCUUUGGUUGUGAUGCUUGUGAUAAAAGAUUUUCCCUUAAGUCACAUUUAACAGUACACACGAGAAGCCACACGGGAGAGAAACCUUUUGGUUGUGCUACUUGUGAAAAAAGAUGUACCUCAAAGUCAAAUCUAAAUGCGCACAUGAGAAUCCAUACAGGUGAGAAACCUUUUAGUUGUGAUUCUUGUGGAAAAACAUUUGCCUUCAAAUCAAAUUUCCAUACACACAUGAGAAUCCACACAACAGAAAAACUUUUUAGUUGAGGAGCUUGUGGUAAGCAAUUUGACAAAUGUUAUAUCCAACACAUGACGACGAACACAGGAGCAAAGCUCUUUAGUUGUGUUGCUUGUGGUAAAUGUUUUAUUCAUUUAUUUAUUUAUUGUUAAGCUCACUUUAGACAUAAGAAUCCAUGCAGGAGAGAAACCUUUUGGAUAUAAUAUUAAGUGGUACACAAACUACCUUUGAGUCAAAUCUAACCCAACACAAACAAAUUCACAGGCUGGUUAUGAUUGUGGAAAAUAUUUAAGCAAUGUAAGACCCUUUUAGAUCAUACGUCUGCAUCAUGAAUAACCGAUCUUUCAUCUGGGCCGCCUUAAUGCAUGGGCUUACCUGGGGCCUACAGCUUUAGGGGCUUAGCAAUUGUUUAGUAACUUGUCAGAGUCUCUCAGUCACUUUAGAUGCAGGUCUGUGGCUGCUAGUUUUCUCAAAAUAAAAGUGACUCAUGUGAGCUCUCUAAUUUAUGAUCCAUGGAAUGACCAAUAAGCAUGUGAUGAGAUAAUUUUGGGUUGUGUAUGAGUUGGAUAGAUUAAGAAAAAAAAUUCAAAUGUUGAUUAUGUGAUGAGUGGAAGAAAUUGUACUCAAUACAUCUGCUGUAGAAUCAAUCUCUCUGGCUGUGUGACUGCUGUCUUCUGACUGCAGGGGAACAGAUUACUUCAAGGGAACUGAAUUUCACACAACAAAAAUUAUGUCAAAAUAGAGAUGUUAAUCUGAAAAUUGACUGAUCAGACAUGCAGCAAGACAGAGUCAGGACCCUCUGAUUGAUGUCAUUUCAGCAUGUAGCGUUCAUAGUUUGGAUUUAAAGUAGGCCUAUAUAGUCAUGGCUUUUUCUGCAAAAAAAAGGCUAGGCUAAGAUAGUGCAAUAUUUGUUUUAUUUCCAGCACUCUGUUCGGGUUUUUUAUAGAUUUAGUUGUGCAAUGAUUUAAGAGGAAUAUGCAUUUGCUUACUCCUUUAUGUAGAAUAUACUGCAAAUCUUGUAAAAAAAAAUAUUGAUCAGUGUCUUCUUGUGACAUCUGACAUUUAGGCCAUUGCAUUGUCCAUAACUGUGGUGUUUGGAUGAAAAGCUUCUUCAUUUAACGUUUAACUUCUUCAUUUGUUUUUUUCUUUGUUGUUUCUGUUUUAAUGGUUGGCUUAAUAAAUCAUUUAAAUAAAUGACACUGAUAGUUUGCUGCCAUCAUCACAAACUGUGAUUAUGUUCUUCAUGUGAGGGUUAGUUGUUUUGGGUAGACAGACUCUUGUUUUUCUAUCUGCCUUAAAGUCUCGCAGCCAAAAUUGUGGUCAUUCUGCCAGGGUCCAGCUUCCAGCUUUCUCCAAGAUUGUUCCCAUCCUGCCAAUAAGUUCAGAAACAGCAGCUGGCCUUCAGUUCUGCUUACACAGCAUUUCAGUCUGAGUGCUGGUAGCUGCCAUAUCCCUCACAUAGUGCUGGCAGCCUUAGCAUGGGCCAAAACAGCUGCCGACAUUUUCACAAUUUCUCGAUACUCCAGGUAACCACCAGCUCCAAAAAACAGAAAUCCUGCCACCAUGAAUCCAAUUUUGAACACAUUUUUAACAUCCUCGACUGACAAAAUGGACAGACACAUAAUACUCCUCCGACCGUGUCCAGCUGCACUUGCCCAUCGGGCACAGGGGCUCUCCUUCGCCCUGUCAUUGAGAAAAUUUGAUCAGUUACGUUGAGAGUCCAGCUGACCAGAUCCCUAAUAUAUAUGGUUAGAAAGAUAUGUAAAAAGAGGCUCCAAAAAAGAUUGAUAGAAGCAAGCAGGGAAGUGGGAGAGAGAGAAUAAAAGAGAAGAGCUACUGAAGACACCUGGUGCCACACUGUAUUCAGCUAAUUAACUAAAAACACCUGCAAAGGCCUUGAAAUUGUCUCUCAGUCUAGUUCUGUAGGCUACGCAAUCAUGGGUAAGACUGCUGACUUGACAUUUGUACAGAAGACAACCACUGACACCUUGCACAAGGAGGGCAAGACCUAAAAGGUCAUUUCUAAUAGUCUGGCUGUUUAGUAGACAAACGGAAAAUAUGAUCUGUCCCUCUGCUACACAGUCACUUAUCUGUUUAAGAGGACUCCGAUUGAGAAGGUCUCCACCUUCAUUAAUCCCACCCUCAUUCACACUUGAAAUAUGAAAUAUGUCUCUUGAAAUGUAAACGUACUACUCUCCUCUUUGCCAUGCUGGUUGAGUGAAAUCAGAAAACAGACCAUGGAAAUAUUUUCACUGGCUUUCUAAUAAACUUUGGUCACCUAAAACUGUUCAGUCGUGAUAUGCAGUAUGGCCUACUGGGGGAGCCAAAGGCCAGAGAGGCAUACACCAAGGCCCUUGAAAACAAAGUAAGAGAAACAUGACUUUGGGAGUGCGGAGAGUUUUCUUAUCUGGGUGCCAGUCCCGAUGGCUUUGCUACAGAUUCUAAUGGUAACACUGUAGGAGUUGAAAUUAAAAAUCCCAAGGUACAAGUCAGUUAGCGAACUUCGGCAGCAGCACAAAGAUAACACAAUCCCCAAGGAAAUACUUAAUAAACACUGCUUUCAGAUUACAUAUGGUGAGUUAAAGCUAUAUAAAAACCACAUGUACUAUUACUAAGUACAGUUAUUAUUAAUGGUAACUGAUUUGGAUCUUUGGGACUCUGUUACACUCCUCUGAAGGCCCCCCUGUUGAAAUAAUCACAAGAAAUUAUCAACUGUUGAACAGGUUGAGACAUAGUUUAUCAGCAUUUUGACACACAGUUAUGUCACCAGAGGUCUUUGAAAUGUGUGUACCAAGGCACAUGCUUCCAUUUGUGUUGUAAAUCCCUAUAUGAACUAGCUAUAAAUGUAGCAAACUCUAUUGAGACACUGGUGGUAUUUUUUUCUGCAGAGCAAAUGCCUAUUUAAGAAAAUGCAUAUUGCUGAUAUUUCUACUGUUUCAGUGUAAAAGUAUGAAAUAAGAUUGUUCACAAUAAAGUCCCUUUGACAAUCA